UACAACUCCUCUGCAGGACUACAACUCCCUGCAGGACUACAACUCCCUGAAGGACUACAACUCCCUGCAGGACUACAGCUUCCUGGCGCUGGCGCUGGGCGUGCCUCUGAUCCUGCUCACCGUGCUGGGGAACGUGCUGGUGUGUCUGAGCGUGCUCACCGAGCGCUCCCUAAAAACCGCCACCAACUACUUCAUCAUGAGCCUGGCGGCGGCAGACCUGCUGCUCGCCGUGCUCGUGCUGCCGCUCUAUGUCUACACCCAGUUUCUGGGGGGAAUCUGGACGCUGAGCCCCUUCCUGUGUGACGCUCUGAUGACAAUGGACGUGAUGCUGUGCACCGCCUCCAUCCUCAACCUGUGUGCCAUCAGCGUGGACAGGUACAUUGCGGUGGUGGUGCCUCUGAAGUACAACAGGAACCAGUUCAGCAUGCGCCAGCUGGCUCUGAUCGUGGCGGUCUGGCUGCUGUCUCUGGGUGUGGCGAGCCCAGUAAUCUUCGGGCUGAACCGGGUGCCGGGCCGCGACCCCACCGUGUGCAAACUGGAGGACGACCGCUUCGUGGUGUACUCGUCGGUGUGCUCCUUCUUCGUCCCGUGUCCUGUCAUGCUCUUCCUGUAUUAUGGGAUGUUUCGGGGCCUGCGGCGGUGGAGUGGUCGGAGUCGCUCGGCUGGGCAUCCCGCUCUCUCGCUACGCCUCAGCUCGGCUUUACGGCGAGAGAAUGCAACGGCAACAGGAAGUGAAGAGAAGGUGGUUUUCAGCGCGCCGGGCGAGCUCAGCCCUGCGUCUCCGUCCACCAUCUCCAUGACGACGCCCUCGGCGACAGCGCUGUCGGAGGAACGGCGAGACGGGGAGGUGGCGCCUGAGAGAGACCCGGUGACAGCGCAGACAGACAGCGUGUCGGACGGCGAGCCCACAGAGAUGAGAUAUGGCGAGCCAGCAGAGAUGAGAUAUGGCGAGCCCACAGAGACGAGAGAGCAGAAGAGAGGGAGGAGGAACAGUAAGAGCAGCAGAGUCAGCGGCCGCGAACGGAAAGCCAUGAAGGUGCUGCCCGUCGUCGUCGGGGUUUUUCUAGCUUGUUGGACACCUUUCUUCGUCGUCCACGUCACCAAGGUGUUGUGCCAGUCAUGUGACAUCAGCCCCGCCCUCAUCUCUGUGGUAACAUGGCUCGGCUAUGUCAACAGCGCCGUGAACCCGAUCAUCUACACCGCCUUCAACGUGGAGUUCAGGAAGGUCUUUCACAAGCUGCUCUGCUGCCGGACGUCCAACUAAACUGUCCCAAAACUUCAAUAAAUCUCCAGAUGUCUAGUCCGGGAUCAAUAAAGUAUCUCUAUCUCUCUCUAUCAUAUCGACAACGCUGGAAGUCCCUCAUUCAGUCCGGAUGUGCGUCCCCUUCCUCUGUCUCUGUGUUGGGGUUCUAACCUCCGGUGGAUUUGUGAGGACUAUGGUUAACUUUUCCUCAGA